UUUUUUUUUUUAUCUACAUUCACCAUUAAAAAUCCCUCACCGAAGAUUCUUAAAUUCUAACCAAAAUAAACCCUCAAAUAUUGACGUCUUAGCUCAAAUUAAAAUUUAUAAAUCUUAAUUGUCAUUCGUUAUUCAAAAUUAAGUUCAAAAUCUUGAUGAUUGACUGUUGCAUGCGAGGAAAACUUGAGGUGGAGUAUCAACUAUUGGUACUGUAAUUAUGAAAGAGAACAGAAAAAGAGGAGAAAUGAAUAAUGAUGAAUGUUAAUUCAGGGAAAAAAAACAAAGGGAUCAGGGAAUUUUCAUCAAUUAUCAGUGAUGAAUUGGCAGCCAUUGAUAUAUUCUCCAGCUAGAUCUCCCAUCAUGCUCUUCUUUUUUCUAUCUAUUAUUGUUGCUGCCUUCCUCUUUUCUCACUUCAUUCUCCCCUCACCUAUUAUUGAAAACUCCACGCGACAAAAGAUAGCAGCUGUCACUGCUAGUGAUCCAAUUUCUCUAUCAGAUGAAGCUGUACGACUGACAAACACGAACAGCAUGAUUAUAGAGACUCCCAAAGAGGCUCACAAAAAAAUUGAAGUUUCACUUAUGUGUUCUGAUGCUAACGUUACACGAACUUGCCCAGCCGAUUACCCUCAGAAACUAGAAUCUAAUCCUGAUGCUCCACCUCCUUCCACAUGUCCUGAAUAUUUUCGCUGGAUAUACGAAGAUCUGCGACCCUGGCAGCAGAUUGGUAUCACAAGAGAGAUGGUCGAGGCAGCUAAAAAAACCGCCAAUUUCAGAUUAGUGAUAUCUAAUGGAAAAGCUUACGUGGAAAGAUACAAGAAGUCGUGGCAGACAAGAGAUGCUUUCACCCUCUGGGGAUUUUUACAGUUGUUGAGGAAGUACCCUGGUCGAGUGCCUGAUUUAGAGCUCAUGUUUGACUGUGUUGACUGGCCGGUAAUAUCAAAACGCUUUCCUUGGCCAAAUAAUACAGCUCCUCCUCUAUUUCGUUAUUGUGGAGAUGAUAUGACAUGGGAUAUCGUAUUCCCUGACUGGUCCUUCUGGGGAUGGUCUGAGAUCAAUAUCAAGCCAUGGGAGUUUUUGUCGAAGGAAUUAAAAGAAGGCAAUCAAAAGGUGAAAUUUUUGGAUAGAGAACCUUUUGCUUAUUGGAAAGGAAAUCCCUUUGUGGCAGACCAUCGGAUGGACCUUCUUAAGUGUAAUGUUACCGAUAAGCAAGACUGGCAUGCUCGUGUUUAUAUACAGGAUUGGGCCAAAGAAACAAAGCAAGGAUUUAAGCAGUCAGACUUGGCGAGCCAAUGCACACACAAAUAUAAGAUCUACAUUGAAGGAACAGCAUGGUCCGUGAGUGAGAAGUACAUCCUCGCCUGUGAUUCUGUUGCCUUGAUAGUAAGGCCUCUGUAUUAUGACUUCUUCUCAAGAAGUUUGAUGCCUACGGUGCACUAUUGGCCUAUCAAGGAGAAUGAUAAGUGUAGAUCUAUCAAGUUUGCUGUCGAAUGGGGGAAUAGUCACAUGCUAAAGGCUCAGGAAAUAGCGAAAGCAGCAAGUAAUUUCAUUUUGGAAGCCGUGAAGAUGGACUAUGUAUAUGAUUACAUGCUACAUCUGCUCACAGAAUAUGCUAAGCUCUUAAAUUACAAGCCCACAAUACCAAAACAUGGUGUUGAGCUGUGUUCGGAGACUAUGGCGUGUCCUGCGUUGGGUCUCGAGAAGAAGUUUAUGAUGGAAUCUAUGGUAAAAGGUCCUUCAGAUACAGCUCCUUGCACCAUGCCACCUCCUUAUGAUCAGGCUGCUUUUAAAGCACUGCUAAGAAGAAAAACCAAUGCACUGAGACAGGUCGAGAACUGGGAAAGGGAUUAUUGGUCCAAUCAAACUAAGCAACAAUAGAUAGGUCAGUUUCUAUGCUUUAGAUCCAUAGAUAUAUAGUAGUAAAUAGGGAAUUAAAAAUGUGUUUGUUAGUAGAUUGGUUCAAUUUUUGUGAAAGUUUGAUGAAAGGAUGGAAAGACGGGGAGGGGAAAAGUAGUGUUAUUAGUAGUGGGGUGUUAAUAUACACGACAAUAGGACAAAUGUAUGAUACAUUUAGAAAUUAUCUUGAAACUAGUGUCAUGCGCAAAUUAUGUAGACUAUACAUCACACAUUACUCUUGUAAGAUUGCUAGAAUAAAUUUUCAUUUUUUUAUUCUAAUUUACAUCAUUUUUAUGAU